GCAGAGAAUCUGCCUCCGCCUCUCUCCCCGCCCCGCGAUCCCUUCGCCGCCGCCGCCGCCGAAUCCGGCGUCCCCAGCCGAGGCGAGAUUUGGGCGCCACGAUGAAGGAGAAGCGCGGACUAGAAGCCGCGGCGGCCGGGGACGGCCGCCCUGAGGCCAAGCGGGCGCGGCCGCCGGCGCUUGCCAGUGUUAUUGUUGAAGCAUUAAAGGUGGAUAGUCUGCAGAGGCUUUGCUCAUCGCUGGAACCAAUUCUUCGUAGAGUGGUUAGUGAAGAAGUGGAGCGAGCGUUGGGCAGACUGGGUCCUGCAACAAUAACUGGAAGGUCUUCCCCAAAGCGAAUUGAGGGUCCUGAUGGAAGAACUCUGCAACUCCAGUUCAGGACAAGGCUGUCUCUGCCUCUCUUUACUGGAGGAAAAGUUGAAGGGGAGCAGGGAGCUGCAAUUCAUGUUGUUUUGCUUGAUGUUGGAACUGGUUGUGUUGUAUCUUCCGGACCUGAGUCAUGCGCCAAACUUGAUAUUGUUGUUCUAGAAGGUGAUUUCAACAAUGAAGAUGAGGAGGGUUGGUCAGGAGAAGAGUUUGACAGUCAUGUGGUGAAAGAACGUGAGGGAAAGCGCCCUCUUUUAACUGGUGAUGUACAAGUCACACUAAAAGAAGGUGUUGGCACUGUAGGGGAGCUUACAUUCACAGAUAACUCUAGCUGGAUAAGGAGUCGGAAGUUCCGACUUGGUUUGAAGAUUGCCUCAGGAUUUUGUGAGGGUAUUCGCAUCCGUGAGGCAAAAACUGAAGCUUUCAUGGUUAAGGACCACAGAGGAGAAUUGUAUAAGAAGCACUAUCCACCUGCGUUGAAAGAUGAGGUCUGGAGAUUAGAAAAGAUAGGGAAGGAUGGGUCUUUCCACAAGAGACUGAACAAAGCUGGAAUUUCAACAGUUGAAGACUUCCUUAGGCUUGUGGUUCGAGACCCACAGAAGUUGCGCAGUAUCCUUGGAAGUGGUAUGUCUAAUAAGAUGUGGGAUAUACUUGUCGAACAUGCAAAGACUUGUGUCUUAAGUGGAAAAUAUUACAUAUUUUAUUCAGAUGAGAAUAGAUCUGUUGGUGCUAUUUUCAACAACAUCUAUGCAUUCUGUGGGUUAAUUUCUGGAGAGCAGUUCUAUUCAUCUGAAAGUCUUGAUGACAGCCAAAAGCUCUUUGCUGAUGCAUUGGUUAAGAAGGCUUAUGAUAAUUGGAUGUAUGCCAUUGAGUAUGAUGGUAAAGCUCUCUUAAACUCUAAACCAAAGAAAAAGGCUGCACCCACUGGACAAGCUGAGACACAGCCUACUCUGAGUCAACCUGCUUCAUAUGAGCAACGUAUCUCAUCAGCAGGCAUGACAGGACCAUCUCCAGCAGGUGGAACUGAUUCUAUAGGUUAUGAUGGCAAUCAAGCAGCUGCCAAUGUCCCAGUGCCAUAUGAUGACACGUUUUCAUUUUUACCCCCCAGUAUGUUGAUGGGGUCUGAUAACCAAGAAACCGGAAAUGAUGCCAUGGGUCUGGAACUAGGCGAAUUGCAACAAGCAAUUUCACAAAGUCAUUCGAUUCAGCCAGCGAACGUUGGAUACGAUGAUUGGACUCGGAGCCAAAACGGUCAGUUUGCUGAUGACUUCACAGAAGAUAUUCGCAUGAAAAGCCACCAGAUGCUUGAGAGCGAAGACAUGCAGCAGCUGCUCAGGGUCUUCAGCAUGGGUGGAGCGUCUACCAGUUUGCAGGAAGACGCCUUUGGAUUUCCAUCCUACAUGCCAUCUCCAUUACCGUACGAAGGUGAGCGCACCCGUUCAUCUGGCAAAGCUGUUGUUGGGUGGCUUAAGAUAAAGGCCGCCAUGAGAUGGGGGAUUUUUGUCAGGAAGAAAGCUGCCGAAAGAAGGGCGCAGCUUGUUGAGCUGGAUGAUUAACAUGUUAAGCUUGUGCCUGCCACCCUUAGAUAAUGUUAAUUAAUGUCGAAAUGUCGAUACCAUUAUAUGCUCAAUCCCAAAACUAGGUGUUUGGCUCUUACGCCGCCCUGAUAACCAUUGAAACAACCAUCCAAUUAUGUACAGCGGGGUAGUUCUGCUUUGUUGUAAAAACAUCCGAAAUGUUUGUGGCAACAUUUUAUUUUGACUUUUCUUUUUGUUAUAGAUUGUGCAGAUUAUAAAUAAAACAAUGUGGAUUAACGCGGAUCGUUUGUGUA